AUGAUGGUGGUGGUGUUGGCAGUGGUGGUAGACACCACCAAGAUGUGGACUCUUUGGUCCCUGGCCAUUGCGGUGGCUUUCCAUAUGGGUGUACUUGCCCAGCUGGAAACACCCCCACUUCCUGCUGAGCUACCCGCCGUGCCUGAUGUGUCAGAAACCCUUCCCGCUGUGCCUAGUCUGGGUACUGAUGCUCUGGCAAAACCACCAGCCCUCAAAAGUUCCUCACCCCAGGAAAGCUCCACUCCAAAAAAACCUGUAGCUGGCUCCAUGAAAGGCAGAUGUGCACCCUCGGUCAAGUACUUCCUGUCCAGCAGCAAGAUUGAUGACUAUCUGCAGGCCAUCCUGCCCCCACAAAUCCAGGAGCUGGUGAAAUGUGAAGACGUUGACUUAGUUGGUGUGCUCGGGUCCUUGUUAUCCACUUUGGCAAACACUGACUUGCUAUCAAACCUCGAUGUCACAUCCAUGCUAGAUUUGGGAGGCGGCCUUGGCAUCAGCAGUCUCCUAGGCCAGGGAGGUGAUGGUGAGUCUUCUGGCCUUCCAAUACUGUCCAAGGCCACCGGUGCUGUGGAUGAGGCGCUCCCCAAGAGUAAGGACAGCCUGAGCAACGUCUUCGGGGGAGAAAAGAGUCCUGUUGGAGACGCUCUCGGUGAUGUCAGUCUUCCUAGCCUCCAGAAGCCCGUGGAUGAUGUGAAUGAAAAAGUUGGUGCCAUCAAAGGGCCAGCCCAGGAUGCAGUCAAAGAUGCCCUGCCACCAGAACUCAGCAGUGCGCUCUCCGGUUUGGACCUAAAUGAUCUCUUGCUGGGCUUGGAGAUCCAAGAUGUAACUAUGGACAACAUGGAAUCAUCAAUGAUGGGUGAGGAGAUCCAUGUCCACGCUACCUGGUUUCACCUGUACCUUGCUCUUCACAGCGUAACUGGACCCGUGCUGAGCGCAUUGGGAUUUAAAGUGAGUGUGGACGUGGAUAUGAAAAUUGGUAUUUCCACAAAUGACACCGAAUGCAUCAACCUCGAGGUCCUGGAAACAGUUAUCAAGGCCAACAAAUUGACUCUUGAAUUAUUAGAAACGCUCACGGGCUCCCUGCCUGUCCCUGUGCCUCUGCCCCUGGAUGACCUGAUCGCUAAAUUGUUGUCAAUAAGUUUGCAGGAGAAUUUGGAGAAAUCAGAUUCCUGUAACAUUGUUCUCAGUGACUUCAGCAACUGCAAGAACUCCACUGGCAAGUUCAAGUACAAAAUUAAGAAUGCCAAGAUUUCCCCCGAAGGCCUUUUCAUCCUUUACUGUGUUGAAGCCAUGUUUGGAAAAACCUCAGAGCCUGUGAUUGGGGUUUCUCUUCCUCCAAACCCUAAAGAUGCCAACAGUUCCCUAACUUUGUCCCGUGUGUUGAUGAUGAAAUUCGUCAAUUAUGUUGGCAAGGAGAGCUCAGUCCAGAAAGACAAGCUGGUUGCAAACAUCACCAAAGUAACCUACUCCUUGCAGCAAGAUAAUACAACUCAAGCCACUUACGUGGUUAAGAUCAAAAAGGAUGGUGAGAGCUUUGCUAAAGGGAAAACGCUGGGGCUAAAACAAGCCACCCCAGGGUGUGUGCAUCUUCCUCUGAUCUCUAUUACAACAGGUCCCUUCUUUAUUUCAGAGCAAUUUAAACAAGUCAACCUGCCAGGAAGAGCAUCCAUCGACACCCUAGAGGACGUCAAAAUUAAGCUGAUGAAGACAAAUGACCUUCAGGCAGCAAACUGAACCCCACCAGGCAAGGUUCCCCCAACGAAAGCAAAACUCUGUACAACUUCUCCUAUGAAAGACGGAAUUGACAUCCUUAUGAUUUAAGUAGCAUUAGUCUUAAGAUGUCAGGAAUCCUUUGGAAUUUCACCAACUGUCCUGGGGAAUUCUGGCACUGUUGUAAUCAGCUCUUUAAUAAACUAUCUUUCUUUAUGCAAAAAGAAUUCGCUUGGCUUCAAUACUUGCACAUAAGAAUCUU